UCUUGGGUAGCGCAGCAUAAUGUGGGGUGGGAAGCAAGGCUAUGACUACGACAUCGAGAGCGGCGGUUUGUAUCCGGGGCUCUCCGCCGACGACAGCACGCUGCGCUGGGGCUUCAUCCGCAAGGUCUAUGGAAUUCUCACCACGCAGAUCGUGCUCACCGCCAUCGUCGCCAGCGUCGUCGUCUUCUCGCGCCCGGUGGCGAUGUUCUUCGUCACCACGCCCGGAUUGCCGAUCUUCCUGGCCUUCCUGCCUCUGAUCCUUUUGUGCGUGAUUCAUCCCUAUCGCCAGAGCCAUCCCAUCAAUCUCAUCUUGCUGGGGAUCUUCACGGUGUGCCUGAGCUUGCCGGUUGGAAUUUCGUGCGCGUUCACGCGAGGGGACAUCGUGUUGGAAGCUUUGAUCCUCACGGCCGCCAUUGGAUUUGGGCUCACUGCCUACACAUACUGGGCUGCAAAGCGGGGCCAGGACUUUAGCUUCUUGGGGCCAUUUCUCUUCGUGGCUGUGAUCAUCCUCAUCUUGUGGGGACUCAUUCAGUCGUUCUUCCCGAUUACCAGUCUCGGCACGAGCAUCUACGCCGGGAUUGGAGCGCUGAUUUUCAGCGCCUAUAUCGUCUACGACACGGACAAUCUCAUCAAGCGCUUCGACUACGACGACUACGUCUGGGCUUCCAUCGCACUCUACCUCGACAUCCUCAAUCUCUUCCUCGCAUUGCUCCAGCUUCUCCGGCAAAGCGAUUGAAAGCGUGUAGUGUAAAUAAUACUGUCUUUGAGAAAAUGAAACUCUUUUAGUGAGCAUAUGCAAA